AUGCAGCCGGGGCUCUUGGAAGGUCCCAAGAAUUCCGCAGCCUUCAGCGCAGCAAUCAGCUCGUGCGAGCGAGCUGCGCGCUGGAUCGAAGCUUUGGCGGUGCUGCGGCGCAUGGGGCCAACUGACCGCCUCCCUGCACACAAUGCCGCGAUCAGCGCUUGUGAGAAGGCCGGCCUUUGGGAGGUGGCGAUCGAUUUGCUGAAUCAGCUCUGGACGCAGCAGUUGACGCCAAGCGGAGUGUCCUACAACGCAGCCAUCAGUGCUUGCCAAAGGGAGGGCCACUGGCAAGCUGCCUUGCGCCUGCUCUUUGAACGCCGCUGCGUGGCAGAGGUGGACGAAGCGGCGCUUGGGGGUGUAGUGAGCACGGCUUCCAAGGCGGUACUCUGGGAGCUUUGCUUGGCGCUGGUGUUGAUGCCUGAGGUGGUCGCUGCAAGGCCCAGCUUGGUCGAUGCGAGCUGCAUCUCCGCUGCGCUCUUGGCGUGUCAGAGGUGCAGCCAGUGGUCACGUGCCCUGGAGAUCUUUGAGGCGAGACACCACUUGCCCGAGCCGGCGGAUGUUCUCUUCGCUGCGAUGGCCUGCGAAGAAGUGGGCAGACUGGGCCACGCGCGCUGCCUGCGGCUCUCGGCGUGGCGGGCGCCGGCGCGCACGGCCUUCGACGUUGUCUUGGCAGCAGAGAUCACGGAGAGCAGGAUGCUGCAAGGCCGCUUCUGGCGAAGCGCCUUCCGCCCGGCACUUCGUGAGCUGUGCCGAGGUAUGGGUUCGUCGCAGAUGCUGUCCGGCCUGGCCAGCUUGGGCGUUCGCGGCGGGCGUCACGCCUUGGUCACACUUGGCGCA